GGCUCUGUAGGUGCACGCUUUCAAAGUUUGACUGGGGAAUAGGGGGGGUAACAGUGGAGACGGCAGCAGCAUCGCCCCGCCGGGAAACAGACACCAGGAAAUUAUCAUCUGAGGAGAGACGGGUUUGGAAAAAGGACCGCAGCUCGCCUGGGAGUGUCCGACUCCGGCGAUAAGAACAAUGGGAGAGAUGGCUGAGCGGAUUUUCGAUUUCUAAAUGGGAAACACAAGAAGGUUAAUGUAACACAGUGUUUGCUGGAAGGAGGGACUCCCGGCUGCAGCCUGCCCCCCUCAGCCAUGCCGCUCGUAUUCCGCACGCUGUUGUUCGGCUUUGUAACGCUGCUGGUUGUGGUUUUGAUAAUUGAUGAUAUUGCAGAAGUGGAGGAAGAAACUGCAAAUGCUGGACAUUCAAAGAAGAUGAACUUGCACCAGCUCAUCCCUAAACCACACAGAAAGGCUGCAGCACACGUGGAUCCAACGGCUCUGUCGAGAUUGAAAGACGUAAAUCACCUCAGUCCGAGCUACAAUAACACCACAAGGCUCUCGUCAAACGGCUGGACCUUCAACAAGACCCUCUCCAACCUCAUCAGAAAGAAUAUUCUGAGAUUUCUCGAUCCGGAGAGAGACAUCUCGAUUCUGAAGGGCACGCUGAAACCAGGAGACAUCAUCCACUAUGUGUUUGAUCGCCACAGCACCACAAACAUCUCAGAGAAUCUCUACCGUCUUUUGCCAACUGUGUCCCCCAUGAAGAACCAACAUCACAGGCGCUGCGCCAUUGUGGGAAACUCUGGGAUCCUACUGAACAGCAGCUGUGGACCUGACAUCGACUCGCACGACUUUGUUAUCAGGUGUAACCUGGCACCUGUGGAGGAGUACUCUCGGGACGUGGGGUGGCGGACCAACUUGGUAACCAUGAACCCUUCAGUGGUGCAGCGGGCCUUCCAGGACCUGGUCAGCGAGGAGUGGAGGGAUCGCUUCCUGCAGCGGCUUCAAAGCCUCAGCGGCAGCGUGCUGUGGAUCCCGGCCUUCAUGGCCAAGGGGGGAGAGGAGCGCGUGGAGUGGGCCCUUCGUCUCAUCCUGCUGCACACCGUGGACGUCCGCACCGCCUUCCCCUCGCUGCGCCUUCUCCACGCUGUCAGAGGGUACUGGCUGACUAACAAUGUCCACAUCAAGCGUCCGACCACGGGGCUCCUCAUGUACACGCUGGCCACCCGCUUCUGUGAGGAGAUCCACCUUUACGGCUUCUGGCCCUUCCCACUCAACCCGCAAGGCAAACCGGUCAAAUACCACUACUACGAUACUCUAAAGUACGAGUACACGUCCAGCUCCAGCCCUCACACCAUGCCUUUGGAGUUCAGGACCCUGAGCGCGUUGCACAGACUGGGGGCACUCCGGCUCCACACCGGGGCCUGCGCUGCGGAGAGGAGACCGCAGAAGGAGCUCAAAAACAAAUAGCUUAAAAUGAGCAUCUCCAUGGAAACCACUUUGAGACUGUGGACGAACAUUUUUCUUGUUAACGUACUUUUAUGAAACUUGAAUUAACUUAUUUUCAGUAAUUGGAAUGAACUUUUUCUAUUUCAGGCUCUUGUAUUGACUUCUUUCACUGGCGUGUUUUACCUUUAAUGAGAUUUCUAUGGCAACCUUUAAAAUAACGAGACCCUUUUUCUGCUCUUCAUGAAGGUCCUGUCAUGUCCAUCUGUCGGCCCCUUUGUUUUCUUAAAGAGACCAUUUUAAAAGUCCGUCCGGGUUUCUAGUACAGUUGUAAGUUACAAAUGAAGGUUUCAGAACACCUAUUUGUGUUUUCAAAAUUGGUCAUUAGACGCCACAAAUUAAUAUUCCCAGUUUAUGAUGUGAUAGGGCUCCAUUAAAGGUGUUUUGUUAUUUACCCAGCGCGUCGACAUCACAAAGAGCUGCUGAAUUAACGGCCCCUGUGAGUCACUAUAUGGGCCACAAGAUGGAAGCACUUAAUAAUCAGGGAGGAUGUUGAUGAGAGGAAAAAGAUGUCGGUCAACUGUUUAAACUUUUGUUUUUAUUUUUUAGUGUGAUAAACCAACACGUGAAAACACAUUUUCCUCGGAUAGAGAACAUUUUAAACUUUUGUACCUUCUUAUAAAGAACCGUCAUUGGUGUUCACAGUCCAACAUUUCAAAAGUCCACCCACCCAGAGCUGCCAUGUGAUAACGUCAGGUUACCUUGAGAGCCAAAUAACGAAACGGAAGCACGUUGAAUUGUAUUCAGCUUCUGUGAGGAUAUAGAGGGAGUGUACCAGCUGCUCACAUAAGAAUGUUUACACAGACUUAGCCCGUGGUAAACUCACUUCUGUUAACUCAAAGAACACCAGCCCUGUCUCUGCACUGGAAAUGUAAGUAUUGAGGUCAGACUGUAGUGGUGUAGUAGUAAGAGGAGCUUAUUUUAAAUGAAUGUAUUGGUGAUACUCUUACAAAGGUUGUAAGAAAUGAGCCCCAUAAUGUGCUUUAAAUAAAUUCCUGGUCACAGUUAGCAACAGCUUCAGCUCCUGAGAGGAGGACGAGCUGAUAACUUAUAUGCCUUCAUUCAUUUUAAUAACAUGAGUUAUACCUAUUUAGUGUGUUUGGGUAAACCAAUAUAGGUUGGUACAGAUAUUUUUAGAUAUUGAUUGACGUUGCCAGUAUUUUGUGCCUGUAAUCUAUAAAUUUGACCAUUUAAAUGUGGACCAUUCACAUGCCCAGAAAGAAAGGGUUAUUCUUCACAGCAGUGGUUCCCAACUGGUGGAUCACGGUCCUAAAGUGGGUCGCGGGUCCAUUCUAGAUUGACUGCAAGUGAUUUGUGAACGUGUCAAGCAUGUAAAAAAUACACUUUAUUUUUAAGUACAGUGAAUUUCCAGUGCAUAGCUUUUAUUUUGAAGUGUCAUUUCCUGCUGUAGAGUUAUUGACUAAUGGACAGCUACUUGACAGAGACAGCAAACUAGCUCGACCAAACGUUAGUAUGACGCUGAAUAUAUUAAACAGUGUGGACCUUAAACUAAAGGCUCAAGAGAAAUCUGGACCUUGUGGCUGGACCAGUUGGGAACCACUGUUUUACAGGAUGGGAAAUAUAGAAAAAGUGUUUUAAUAGUUUCAUGUACUUCUGAAACCCAGAUAUGAAUAAACAUGAAAAAAACAAGUAAAUUUGAUGGAGAUUUAAUAAAGGAACAGUUAGUACGUUUACAUGCACAGUUUAAUUCCACUUUUAAUCGGAAUGAAAGGCCAUUCCGAUUAAAAGUGGUCAUGUAAACGGUCAUUCCGAUUGAAAAACGGUCAUUCCGAUUGAAAAUUAAAUCCGAUUAAAGAGGGUGGUUUAUUACGUUUGUCAUUCCGAAUGAAAGAAUUUUGUGUGCAUGUAUACACUCAUUCCUCUUUAAAUU